GCAAGUAGUGCCGUCUGAAAACAACAUCUCUCUACGCAUCUCCGCAUUGCAAAGCUUCUGAUAUAUUUCCUCGUUUCAACCAAUCCAACUUCCUAACUCCUUCCCCGUCUUUUAUAUUAAUCAUUUACAUCCCAGAAAUGUAUCCCUUCUCUUUUGUAUAAAUAUCCACACAAAAACCAGUCGUCUCCUACAAUUCCAUGGCUUCUCCCGAAGGAAGGCCCCUCGUCCAACACCACUUCGACGACGACGACGACGUCGACCAACAUCUCCACGAACUCGACGACACUUCCUCCUGGUGCGGCGGAUGCUUUCGGGUGUUCCGAUUCCGACGAAGGAGGGGAAGCUCCGGCGGCGGUGGCGGAGGAGGAGAGCGUGAGUCUUGGGUGGCUGAGAAUUUUACGAAGGUGAAGGAAUUCUCAGAAGUAAUCGCAGGGCCCAAGUGGAAGACGUUCAUAAGGAAGAUAAGUGCGUACUGUAAUGGCAGGAAACAGAACAACAGGUUUCAUUAUGAUCAACAUAGUUAUGAUCUCAACUUUAACAAUAGUGACGAUGAUCCAGAUAUGCCUCCUAGUUUCUCUGCCAGGUUCACCCUUCCUCGUCGCCAACCUGAAUCCUCGUGAUUACGUUGCUUCUCUGUGAUUUUCAUAUUCAUUAAUCAUAUAUUUAUUGUCUCCGACUUAAUCUAUUGUCUUAUAUAUCGUUUUUGUUUAAAAAUACAUUCAUUGUUUAAUGUACAAAGUCUUCAGCUUUUCGCCAUA